GGUCAUUCUCGUAUUCGCUCAAUAAGUCUGUACUAAACUAAUCAAUAUCUUUCCUGGCUCUAGACGGCUUAAUCCCUGAUCUUCAGACUCCCGUGCAUGUGACACAAAAAUAACAGGCGCAAUGCAGCCUUACCAGAACGGAAGGCAAGAUAACGGUCAUGAAUUUCCAUUACAAUCUUCAAUCGCAAGCUUCAGAUCUCCAGCAUCAACAACUUCCUUCGGCCGUUUCCAUCGCUUCAGUGUUUCACACGAUCAUGGGAUUUCGGUGACAGUCAGCACAAUUUAUGCGAUUCAGUUGUACAAUAUUUCCCGGACUUCAUCAACCCUUCCAUCCGAUACAAACCUCAGCCGACAGUAGCCACCUCUUCUUGCCAUCGAAAUGCAGUCCACACCAAGCUAUGAUACCCAGUCCAGGACAUUGCAGUACCCUCUGCAUGCUGACAGCUCCAAUGGCUCGAGUGCGUCCCCCGCAGCCCCGCAACCCCAAGGACAACCUCCACAGCACAAGAGAGUCUACCAAGCUUGCAUACCAUGUCGUCGGCGCAAAGUGAAAUGCGACUUGGGAAGCGUCGAUAACCCUAGCGACCCACCCUGUGUACGAUGCAGAAGAGAAAGCAAAGAGUGCUUCUUCUCUGCGACGAGAAGAAAGCGGAAGCACGACGAUGGUGGCACCGAUAGCCUCGAUGGAUACGACCAAGAUGAUUAUAUGGUCCGAAAUGGCAGGAAGAUGGCACAAGGUUCGCCGCCAGCUCCUGGACGGCAAUCUUCAAUGGGAGCUCCUGCUCGUGCACCUGUAUCCUACAACGAGAGUCCUACGGUCCCUGGACCACCACUGACGCCUGGCGGAUCGAUUGGACGUCCACAACCCUUGCGCCGACCGAAUCAGGGCGAUAACGAACACCGGAAUGAGGAGUAUGGAGAUGGAUCGAAUACUCAGCUCGAUAAUCCGGAAGCCCAAGAGGUGAUGCGACAGGAAGUUUAUGGCCCUCACGAUGCUCUUGAUCUUCUCUACAAGGCUACCCAAGGAGACCACCCUGGUCACAAAAGAGAGCGAAGUAAUAACAAUAGCCAACUUUCACCUGUUGUGGGCAACAAUCCCUCCUUACACCAAUCCCUUCCUCCACCAUCACGAAGUAGCAAUCAAGCUUUUCCGGAUAACUUUAUGCGACCUCCGGAGAGACGCGAAACCGCAAUCGAUCCUGCUCUAGUAACUGAGGGUAUCGACAGACCCGAGAGAACUCAAGAACAAGGUUAUAAGGAUGCAAUUAAGGCAUGGUCACGAUUUAGAUUCGUCCGAGCAGGAUGGUUCACACCACCGGAAGCCAUUGACUAUAUUGACUACUAUUACACGUACUUGUCUCCAUUAACUCCUAUCUCCCCUCCUACGUUCAAGGAUCCUGGCACUCACCCGACAUUACUUACCGAGGAGCCCAUCUUGACCGUCACCCUUCUUACAAUUUCAUCCCGAUACAAGCAGAUGACGGGUCCUGGUGGUCAUUGCAGGUCACAUGCUAUUCACGAACAGCUCUGGACUUACCUCAGAGGUAUGAUUGAGAGAUGUCUUUGGGGUCAAGAAGCCUUCGGUGGUGGAUUCUGUGGGUCAGGAGCAGAUGCGGAAGCCCAAACAUCUAGCACGGCGCCGUGGCGAGGUCUUAGAAAGGGAAGUCUCAGGACAUUGGGUACGAUCGAGAGUCUAAUGAUGCUUACGGAAUGGCAUCCACGUGCUCUUCACUUUCCGCCUGCUGAGGCUACGGACGAGCUCAUGCUUCCGUCCUAUGAGAUUUCAGAUACUUAUAGCACGGAUGACGAAGCAGGUGCUCGGGUUCCUAGAGGUGUUGGAGGCAAGAGGAUCGAGAGUUGGUUGGAACCAGCCUGGAGAAGUGAUCGUAUGUGUUGGAUGCUUCUCAGUACGGCUAUGGGUCUUUCGUAUGAACUCGGUGUCUUCGAUAAUAUCGAGGAGCUAUUAGCUGCAGGUGGCGAGAUGACACGACCAGAGUAUGAAGACGAAGCAUAUCAACAAAGAGCUCGGAGAAUCAAGAGACUACUUCUGAUAUAUGUCACUCAGCUUGCCGGUCGCUUAGGAUGGACGAACAUGGUACCUGAGAAUCUGCGAAACACAGAUACCGUCUUUGCUCCUCGUAAGAGACGAGCAUCCAUGGAAGGCAAGACCCCUGAGACGAAUACAUCUGUAUCAAACGCAUUCAGCUAUAUUCCAGAUUUAGAGCUGGAUGAUCAGAUCAUACACUGUUGGGCAGGUAUCAGCAAUGCCAUGCGGAUUGGCAAUGAGAAACUGUUCAAGUCAAGACAGUACACAACCAAGAUCAUUCAAGAUGGCAGUUAUGUAGAACUCUUGAAAGAGUUCCAGCCUUUACUCAAUGGAUGGCGGAAGGAGUUUGAAAGAUUCCGACUUCCUCCCUAUAUGCGACAUAUCCUUUCCAUCGAGUAUGAGUAUGUCCGAAUCUACGUCAACUCGCUCUCAUUGCAGGCCGUCGUAGAGAGGUGUACGAAUAACGCUGGUAACACUUCCAAUACCGCUGGGGCGACUGGAUCCGGAGCAGCCAAUGGAAAUGUUCUCUCUCCAGAAACCCAGAACUAUUACGGAAAGCUUCCACUUGCCAGACUCGGCGGCUUUUACAAAGCAGACCAAGAGUAUGUUCGUGAGGUAGUUGAUGGUAGUCGAAACCUUCUCAGAACCGUUGUGGAAGGACUGCUGCCAGGGGAUUAUCUCAAACACGCACCUGUUCGCAGCUAUUUCCGCAUCAUCAGCGGUGCCAUGUUCUUGCUCAAGACAUUUGCACUUGGCGCCUCUAAGGCUGAUGUUGAAAUCAGCAUAGGCUUGAUGGAUAAAGCAGUGGAUGCUUUACGAAACUGCGUCGUCGACGACGUUCAUCUUGGUAUCCGUUUUGCAGAUCUCCUUGAAACACUUACAUCACGUCUUCGCAGUCGCUUCAUCAGCGCCCCAACGGGUCCCCCACCGCCACUCGAGAAUGUCAGCAGAAAUCGCAGUCCAGUCAUGCACCAAGACCCAAACGCAAAGAGGACGAAAGCGGAACAGGCGGACAUGAUCCGAGAAUGGAAUGCCGGAACACCAAAUUAUAUGGGUAACACAGAUCUCAAUGUCUCAGCCACCCCGUUCGAUCUGAACUCCGGAUCUUUCUUCCCCGCUCCAGGAACGCCAUACAACCAAGCUCCCGGAUCCAAUUACGGCGACAUGCAGGAUGUCUUUGGAUCCGCGGCCGGCGAUUGGAACGCUAAUGGUAAUAAUGAGAUGUGGUAUCUCCCACCGGGAACAGCGUUCUAUCAGCAUAUUAAUGAUCAAGGUGUCACCCAAACGGCAGAGGGUGUCAACAUUGGUGGUAUGGAUCUUUUGGACUUCAUGGCGCUAGAUGCUCCUACUUUUGGGGAUGGUAGUUUUUAGGUUCUGUCUGACUGUCUUUACUUGUACUUCGGUCUCAGCGCAGAGGUGUUUGGCGUUUCCUUCAUUUUACUUCACUUCUUUUCUUUCACCAAUUCCACGAUUCGGAGUUCAGGAGCUUUGGAUAUAAUCCCACGAAAAGAAAAGCAGAAAAAACUUACUACUAGAAAUCAUUAGUGUUAGUUCGUGUACGUACGACAUCACGCUCGCUAUACAUACAUACCUAUCUCAAUGAAUGACAUUCCAUUUCAUCCC